AUGAUAGAUCCCGCGUUAAGUUCUUUGGGUGCUCAGGUUGUCUUGGCUGCGUCCAACGAUGAGAAUCAUCCUCCAAAAAACAUUAUUGACGGGUAAGAAGAGUUUAUUCAAAAGAGAAACCUCUGAUUUGUUGCUAGCUAGCUAACGUUAGCUUGCUAAGCUAACCUAAACUUCCUGUUAGCCAAAGAGAGUAAGGUUAGCUAGUUAGUCGGAGAUUAUCAAGAUAAAAAGCUACUAGCUAUUGUAGCUUUAAAAGAACUAGCCAGCUAUGUGGCGGUAGUUAACAUCUCCACAGUUAAUCUGCAAAUUUACACGACAACAACAUUACUAAACAUACGCCAACAUGCAUGACAUGUUACACCACCAGUCAGCCAUUCACAGUCAGCAUCAUGCCACACCAUUCAUUACCUCACCACAGUCCAUAUCUUGAUGAGUCUCUCUGUCUCUUCUCAGUAACACUGCAACAUUUUGGAUGUCCACUGGAAUGUUUCCACAAGAGUUCAUCAUCCGCUUCGCUGAAUCUAUGAAAAUUGCCCAUGUGACAAUGCACUGUUAUAAUGGUAUGAAAUAAGGUCCUUGAUGGCACAUUGUCUAGGCCUACGUUUGCCAAGUACCGCGCAGCCUAGUUUUUGAUAUGGACUCCGACUCGCUAUGCGUCUAUACAAAAAUAGGACAUUCUUAAACCUUCCGUGUACCUAUGUUUGUCCUCUGUUGUUGCGUGCCUUUUUUUGUUUGCUGAAACCCAUACUUUUUAAUAAAACGUGAAUCAACUACAACCGCUGACUGUUUCCCUGUUGAGAUUCAAUUGCCACAUGUGCAUUCACGCUGAGUUGCAAUCUUAGAGCAACAGCAAUUAGGGAAUAGUCGAUGGUUGUAUUUGAUUAACGUUUUAUACAAAACAUUUGUAUUUCAGCAUUUAAGAAAGGCACACAACAACAGAGGACAAACAUAUGUUUUAAGUAUUGACCCAUAGCGAGUCAGUAUUUCAUUAAAAAAAACUUGUCUGUGCUCAACCCCGUGGAGGAGUUGAGGUACUUGGCAAGGUCUAUGUAUUGGUGUGUGCCUACUAUAGUUUGAUCAUGUUUUUCUAUUGUGUUAUUGACUGUAUGUUUUGUUUAUCCCAUGUGUAACUCUGUGUUGUUGUUGUUUUUAUCGCACUGCUUUGCUUUAUCUUGGCCAGGUCGCAGUUGUAAAUGAGAACUUGUUCUCAACUGGCUUACUUGGUUAAAUAAAGGUGAAAUAAAAUAAAACAUUAAAAAAUGUUGCUUGAAAUGUAUAUGUUAUUUAGUUUUUGUUGUCUUUCAGUUAAGACUCUUAAAAUUGAGAAGAGCAUCUCAGACGAUGCUACUGACUUUGAGCCUAUUUCAGAAAAGGGUAAGCAAAGCCACUGAAUACACAGUGCCUCAAAGCUAAUUAAGUCUGUCAUGUUACACAGCAGUGUUGUAAUCUUCAUUAUAUCUUCUUUCAGAAUUUGAACACAUAGAGGGGCAUCUUCAAACAAAUAAUAUUCCAGUGAGUUGACUAACUAUUCUAAUCUAAUGUGUAUAAUGGUACUACAAAGUGUCUGCUAAAUGGCAUACAUACAUGGCUUUGGGUGAUUACAACAACCUUGUUUUUCUCUCUUUACAGCUAGUUGGAACGACUGCAACACACUUGCGCUUCAUCGUAACCUCGGGAUAUGAACAUUUUAUCUCAGUACACAGGGUCAGUGUGGGAGGAUGAAAUCUAUAGUACUUUUUCGUAAUGUACAACUUAUGUCUGAAUACCUAAUAUGUUAUAAAUUGCAUAGCCUUGUUUAUUUGUCAGUGUAUAUUUUUAAUAAUGAACCAGGAUUGAAUAUGUAACAUCACAUGGGGCCCAAGGAAUAGUUAGUUAGUUUUAUUCUACCUGUUCACCAAAUCUAAAUUGUAACACAAUCUGUUCAAUAAAUUGAGCAGUGAGCAUGCAAGUGUCAUAUUGUAAAAAGUUAGUUUAUGUAGACAGUGUUCACACAAAUGUGUUACUUGAUCCAACAUGUACUCAAACAAAAAGUUCAAAACCUGUGAUUAUUUAGCAAAUCUGACUACUACUAUCUGCAAAACAUUCUGCACUUGACCCAAAACAUAUGGUGACAGUUGAUGUGAAAUGAACAGAAGCUGUAUUUAAAGGUUCUCCUCCUGUCAUCUGUGUGUCCACCUUAGUAAUUCC